AUGUCCGCUGUCCAACUCAAGUUCAACCUCCGCACCUCGUCCAACGUCAAGACGGUCCACCUCCUGGGCUCGUGGGACAACUACUCGCGCCAGAUCCCGCUCUCUCGCGAUGGCUCCAAGUCCGGCUCAUGGGUUGGCAAGUUCCGCUUCCAGACCUCCAUGCUCAAGCUCGGCGGCCGCUACUGGUACUACUACAUCCUCGACGGCUACCACGUCUCCCACGACCCCGCCGCAGACUACACCGUCGAGCCCACUACCGGCCGCAAGCUCAACAUCCUCGAUGUUCCCGGCGGCAAGGAGCCCUCCUCCGCUGCCACAACCUCCAGCCGCCGCAGUGCCCGCCGCGGCUCCACAGACAUCGCCACCGGCCGCGCCCUCUCCCCGUCCAAGAUCCAGCACCCAAAGCCAUCAAAGCCCUACGCCUCCCGACAAAUCCGCGAGGCCGACUUCGCUCCCAACAUGGACGAGCUCACCCGCCGCUUCGCGGGCUCCCGCAUGUCAGACGACUACGACGGGCUCUCCGCCUCCCCACCCAGCUCCGUCGGCUCCUCGCUCUCGUCGCGCUCCUCGGGCUCGACAUCCCCAUCGUCUCUGUCUUCCAUGUCCGACCCGCCCUCCGUCUGCCACUGCGAGCGCUACGGAAUCACGCGCAAGGGCGACCGCGUCAAGCUCGACUGCGGCGGCAGCCGCUGCGGCUACAUCACCGAGUCGUCUGAGGAUUCCUGCUCCGAGGAGUCCGACAGCGACGAGGAGUACCGCCAUGCGCGCCGCGCUGUGCGUCGCCAGGGUAUUGUUGUGAGGCGCUAA